GAGGAGUGUCAAUCAAUCUCCAGCUGGACCACAAUGGCAAAAAACUCCCUCCUCGGAGCUGUGAGGAGAUGUGUUUGAUCUUUUCCUGCUAGAAAUACUAAAGAAGAAGUAGAAGAAGAAGGAGAAGAAGUGCACAUUUUGAACUUAAAGAUGGAGGAAGGCUACGAACUUGACCUGACCUAUGUGACCGAGCGCAUCAUCGCCGUGUCCUUCCCGCAGGCCUGCUCCGAAGAGACCUACCUGCAUAAUCUGAAGGAUGUCACACGCAUGCUCAAGUCGAAACACGCCGAUAACUAUUUGGUGAUCAACCUGUCAGAGAAGAAACAUGACCUGACUAGGAUGAACCCUAAGACUUUAGAUACGGGUUGGCCGGAUCUUCACGCUCCUCCUCUGGAUAAGAUCUGCACCAUCUGUAAGGCCAUGGAGAACUGGCUGACCAAUGACCCCCUGCAUGUUGUGGUCAUCCAUUGCAGGGGAGGUAAAGGGCGGAUUGGAGUGAUCAUCUCUUCCUUCGUUCACUUCACUGACAUCUCGGCCAGUGCGGAUCAGGCGCUGGAUCGCUUCGCCAUGAGAAAGUUCUACGAUGAUAAAGUCUCUGCUCUGAUGACGCCCUCACAGAAAAGAUAUGUAUGGAUCCUGAACAGCCUGCUCAGCGGCUCCAUGAAGAUGAACACCUCUCCUCUGUUCCUGCACUGUAUAAUCCUACACGGGAUUCCCAAUUUCGAGAACUCUGGGGUGUGUCGUCCCUACAUAAGGGUAUAUCAGGGGAUGCAGGCCGUCUACGCCUCUGGUGUUUAUCACAUCGGACCAGGCCACAGACAUAAGGUGUGCAUAGCCCUGGAGCCGGCUCAGCUACUGAAAGGAGACAUCAUGAUCAAGUGUUUCCAUAGAAGCAGUCCAUCUCAGAAAGAUCUGGUCUUCAGACUGCAGUUCCACACAGGAGCGGUGCAGGGAUACAACCUGAUGUUUGAGAAAGACGACUUGGAGCAAGCCAACAAAGAUCCCAGAUUUCCGGAUUACGGCAAAGUGGAGCUGGUGUUCUCUGAGAGCCCUGAGAGGAGCCAAGGAGCUGAACUCUGGCAGAAUGGAGCCGAUGUGUCGGUGGACUUCAGCUCUACAGACUCACUCACCAGGUGGGAUUCAUACCAAGACGUCUGCAACGGUGAAGCUCCUUCUCUGCAGUCCCCGAUCGGAACCCUGGACAAAUUCUCACCUAAGCGGAUACAGAGCAGCACAGUCAUUCUUAGCAGAUCCAACCGCACCACAUCCGUCACCUCCAGCCCAGAGCAUAGCGAUCACGCUCUUUCAGCCAGCAGCGACUCCGGUCUCUCGAGUACUUCCCUUUGGACGGAGCGCUGCCCCGCAUCUAGUGUAAAGUCCGGUGGCCCCAGUGACCAGGAGAAGGCAGAUCUGACUCGCCUGCUGAGUGGAUUUGGGAUCGAUGAGCCUCAGACAGAUGACGGAAUGGAGCUGACCUCAGCCUCUCAGGGAGUCCUCCAUCACCCAGAGCAGGUUCAUAUAAAUGGCAACUCCCGGCCAAAAGAUAGAGAGACGGACAUCCUUGAUGACGAGGUUCUGAUGUCGGGCCAUGACCUGCGCAGUGUGGACAGUCUGGGGACUCUCUCUUCAUCGUACCACAAGAGCAGCCAAAACUCUCUGCUCUCUGAUGGCUUCUGCAGCCCUGGUGCGAUUGAGGAUGUCCCACAUCAUGGCCCAGCAGCCAUGGAAGAAUAUGAGCGAGCAUACGCUGAGACACGGAGAAACUGUUUUGCCAAGAGGACUGUCUCUGUUCCUGUCACCACCUCUGCCACCACAACUUCUAGGGGGCAACAGUUCCGGCAGGGCAACUACUCCACUCAGACUUGGGUCCGCCAGCAGCAAAUGGUAGCGGCCCCGCACUACUCCUACCUGUCUGAGGACAGUGGAGCGGAGGAGAACUUCCAUAGGGACAAGCAAGAGAUUUUACCCAAAGUGCCCGUUAGUGGUCAAAACCAUGCUGCUCUUAACCCAAAGGUUUCUACAAGUCAGGAGAGUGAGAAAAAACAUGAUGAGGAGUUUAAUUCCCUCACAAUGGACAUUGACAACUCCAUCGACCAGCUUAACCAAUUGAUUCUGGACUUGGACCCUACAUUUGUGCCCAUUCCAACACGGAGCAAUUCAGUUAAAAGAAACGAAGGAUCGACAAAUAUGGCUACUUCGUGUAAGAGCAAGGGCUUGACACUCAGACUUAAUGAGAGCAACAGGAAUCAACAGACGGCUGUCCCACCUGCCGGAGAGAGUUUGCGCUCUCUGAGUCGCCAGGGCAGCGAGGUGGCCGAGCACUCGACGGGGUGUGUGCGACCUGCGUGGGAAAUGGAACCGGAGUUCCGUGACCGACUGACCUACACACACAAUGUGUCUCCACCACAGCGGACUCCUCUGUACAGAGCAGACAGUGUGGAGUACCGAGGUCCGAAUGCUGGACUUGACGCAGGAAUUGACGUGGUUCCUCCAACACCAGCUUUCCCCAUCUCACCACCUACACCUUAUGUGAAGACGGUGGAGUUCAGCCACUUCGCCCAGACGCCGUCUCCCGGGAUGCCGAUGUACGGAGCCUUCAGGACGGAGCACGAUAUGAGAGCUUUUGCAGAUAUUAUGGGCCACGAUGAGGGCAGAGUGAAUAUGUCUCACCGAGCCUUCACACACACCCCAUCCACCGGAGGAACCAUAACCCUGACAGACAGCUCGAUUCAGUCCUCCUGCCCAGAAGGGGCGCUGCUCAGUCGCCAAACCUCUAUCAACGCCCAACAUCAACAUAUCAACACCCAACACCCUGUCACCAUGGGUUUCAACCAAAACUCACCUCCAUCCCAACAUCUUCACCCACACCCUCACCCCGCCCCCAAUGCCCACAGCUCGCCCCGGGGCAACCAGGUGACCCGAGUCGUGCAUUACGCAGUGAACCGCAGCCCAGUGCUCAGCUUCGACGAGGAGCCUGACGGUCUGAGCUACGAGCCCCAGCAACCUCCGCUUCCUGAGAAGAUGCGUGCCCUGGACUGCGAGCGUUCUUUAGGGUCUGUGUCUCCGGCACCUAGCGGGUUCUCCAGUCCUCACAGCGGUAGUUCGCUCUCUAUCCCAUUCCCGAACUCGCUGCCGGAGCUGCAGGCCAGGAGCAACAGCAUCAGCCCUUUACCAGAUGUUCUGAUGAACAAGCAGGCGACAGCAAAGUUCGUCCAGGACACUUCGAAAUACUGGUACAAACCAGACAUCGCAAGGGAACAAGCCAUCGCAGUGCUAAAGGAUAAAGAGCCCGGCUCCUUCAUUGUACGUGACAGCCACUCGUUUAAAGGUGCCUACGGAUUGGCUAUGAAGGUGGCCACGCCCCCUCCCUCCGCCGUGCAGCAGAGUAAGAAAGGUGGAGACAUGUCCAAUGAGCUUGUCCGUCAUUUCUUGAUCGAGUGCACACCAAAAGGAGUACGACUGAAGGGAUGUCCCAAUGAGCCUUACUUUGGGAGUCUGACUGCACUGGUGUGUCAGCACUCUAUCACACCACUGGCUCUGCCGUGUAAACUCAUCAUCCCAGACAGAGAUCCACUAGAGGACACCGUUGAAACAGCACCGCAGUCCAUCAGCAAUUCUGCAGCCGAGCUUCUGAAACAGGGAGCAGCGUGUAAUGUGUGGUUCCUGGGCUCUGUCGAGAUGGAGUCUUUGACAGGCUAUCAUGCCGUGCAGAAAGCCACCACGGACCUGUUGGGUUCUGAGCCUGCACACUCCUCCACCGUAGUGCACUUCAAAGUGUCCUCACAGGGCAUCACGCUCACUGAUAACCAGAGGAAGUUGUUCUUCAGAAGACACUACGCUGUCAACACUGUUAUUUUCUGCUCUUUGGACCCUCAGGACAGGAAGUGGAGACGAGAUGGAUUACCGUCAGCUAAGAUUUUCGGUUUCGUAGCGCGGAAGACGGGCAGCGGCAUGGACAACGUGUGCCACCUGUUUGCUGAGCACGACCCUGAGCAGCCCGCCAGUGCCAUCGUCAACUUCGUCUCCAAAGUCAUGAUCGGGUCGCAGAAGAACGCUUGAACACCAUAUCCCCAACCAAUCCCCCUCGACCUGCUGUCCCCUAAUGAUGACAUCACAUUGUAUCACAUGAACGCGAAGAGCUAUUCGAGAGCUAUUAUUAAUGAGGAAGGACUCAUAUCAUACAGAAAAAAAAACAUGUAUAGGUUGAGACUGUGCUGCUACUCAG